AUGAUUGAACAGAUAGAACAAUCUGGAUCAAGCACCGAGAUCGAGGUCCAAGAUUGUGAGAGGGUGAUGAUGGAGCUGGAUUUGUACAAGGUCAAGACAAUGACCACAAUGACUAGAGGACACAUGGCGGGAUGUCUAAACACAGUCAACAGCCUUGUCAGUGUAAAGUUCCAAGCUAUCUUCAAGAUGAUGGCAAAGUCCAAGACAGAAGGUACUAGUUCUGUUGGGGAAGUGCUACCCCCCAACUGCUCUGUCAUAGCAGCCAGAUGGAACCAACAUGUACAUCAUUCUGCUAAGCUUGGCCAGAUCCCAGGUGUCAACCCUUCCACAAUGCAAGGAUUGGAUCAUGAAGAUAAGGUGAUGCAAAAAGCUCUUGACUUUAAGCUUCCUGAGAUGGGCUUGAAGGGCUGCAUCAUCAGGGAUGAGGACUUUGAUGUGUUUUUUGGUAAACAUUCCCAGGAAGAAGAAGACUCAUGUGCCCUUGUUGAGAAGGUGCUUGUUGACAAGGAGCUUUUCCAGCCUAAUGACCCCUCUCAAUUCAAUGUCAAGAGGCCUGAAACUCACCCUGGAAAAUGGACAAACACACCAGAUUUGCAUCAGAAGACACCUCCUAACUCCAAUACUGCCAGAGUUCCCACCAACAAAUAUGAGUUUAUGUCUUGUGCUAAUAAUGCUAUUGGAGGUUCUCGCAAGCUGGACAUAGUUCUCACAAGCAAGGUCAAGAAGGGCAAUGACUUUGGCCAAGUGCAAGCAGUGAUUGAGGUAAAAUAUACCUCAAGCACUUCCCACUACAAGGAUGCUCUAUUCAUCUUCAUCAAUAAGUCAUGGUUCAUGCUAGAUGACUGUGACCAGCAGGUGCACACCAUCAGUGGUGCAUUGUGUGGGUCCAUCCUCUGUUACAAACUAGGAUAG